AUGAAGUGUGACAUCUGUACAGAGGAAAGGCCUGGCGCUGAUAUGCAAGAGCUCAGCUGCAAACACAAUUUCUGCGUCCAGUGUCUUGCACAGUACACAGGAUUUCUUUGCCCAGCACCACUUUGUGAGGGCACAAGGUCUUCGGAUGUUAUCGUAGAUGAGAUAGCCGGAGUAGAAGGAAGCACCGCUACACAAAUCGCUUUUGGAUCUCACACGUUAUCUGUGCUAGAUUUAGAAGAAAGGAAGAGGUGUGAAUCUCGUAGAGGAGCUUUCCCGUGUGUGAACGCGGCAAGAAUGUAUCUGAUCAACUGCCGACAUCGAAUUUGUUAUGAUUGUUUAUCGGAAAAAAUCAACCAUGACGUCACCAAUCAUGAUGUACUGAACUGUCCCCUUCCUCACUGUAGUAAUCGUAUAUCACGGUAUGAAGUUCGUACGUUAGCGAAUCGAUCACCAAAUCUGAGAAAUCUUUGCGCAAUAGCUGAAAAACUUAUAGUUGACAAAUGUGGUGAAAUUAAGGCGGGCAAAGAAGAAAUUGUCGUGGAAACAUACAUUUAUGGAAGAGAAGCCACCAAUAAACGAAUAAUCAUCCCUAAAAUUUGUAUCAUUGUCGAUCUCAUAAAUGCGGUGCUGCAAUUGCAACGAUUGGCCAGGAAUAGAAGUACCUCCAGCAUAAGCAUAUUCGUACGUCAUGAGAUGGAGAAAGGGCUUUACAAAUACGAAAUGCUCGUGACAAAGGAGAUAGGAAGGAAGACAGUGAAAGACCUGAACUGGGGUGAUCCAACUUACGUGGUGGUUGACCUAGACAAUCAAUUACAUCACCACAACCACAGAAAGUGCGCACUUUGUUCGCUCUCGCUCGGACAUUGCUUCAUCGCUCAACGGUUGUGUAAUUUGGGAAUGCCUUUGGGCCUUUUUGGCUCUUCCUCGAAGCCGCAACCAUUGACCAGUAUCGACAGCGGUGGAUACAAAGAAAGGAAAGAGACGUCCGAAAAAGAUGGUCGAGGCACUGUUCUUCGUCUGGAAAAUACCACUGUUACGAUUGAAAAGAAGCUAGCUGAGGGUGGAUUUGCCAUUGUCUACCUAGUAAGCGACAGACACAACCGUCACUAUGCCUUGAAACGACAAUUCAUAAAUGACGAUAAUAAGCAGGUUGAAGCAUGCCGACGGGAGUUCCAGAUUGUUAGUAGCCUCAAAGGACACAAGAAUAUCGUGAGCUAUGUGGAUCAUCUACUUGCUAAAAAUAAGUCUGGUAUAUACGACUACAUGCUCUUGACGGCAUAUUAUAAGACAAGCGUCCUUCAACUUAUGAACGAUAGGUUAUUAGUAGGACAAAGCCUACGAUCCAGUGAAGUUCUAUCAAUUUUUUGCGACAUGUGCGAGGCAGUUGCAAGGCUUCAUCACUCCGUAACGCCUAUUGUACAUCGUGACCUCAAGGUUGAAAACAUUCUCAUCGAUGAACGAAAUCGGGCAGCCCCUCCAAUAUACGUGCUAUGUGAUUUUGGGAGUGCCACUACUAAGGUCCUCUCGAGCAAUAACUAUUCCAUAAGUUUCAUUCAAGAUGAGAUUGAGAAGUACACCACACUCAGUUACAGAUCUCCAGAGAUGAUUGAUUUGUACUGUGGCAAAGCGAUAGGUACGAAAUCGGACAUAUGGGCUUUGGGCGUAAUGUUAUAUAAACUCUGUUAUUUUUGCCUCCCUUUCGGAGAAUCUGCUAUGGCCAUUCAGAACGGAGCUUUUUCAUUUCCUAAUGAACCUCAUCAUGCUGAUUCCAUAAAAGCUAUCAUAAAAUGUUUACUUGAUGCCGAUAUUGAAAGAAGACCUACCAUCUACCAGUGUUCAGUAUUGGCAUUUGCAGCAGCAGAACGACCAUGUCCUAUUCGCAACGUUAAGGGCUGUCGUAAGCCCUCUCUUUCUGCUGCAGUGCAACGUUUUCUCUCUGGGAAUGUGUCGGUGCUCGAGGAUGAAACAGAGAAUGGAGUUUCUCACGUUCGUGCUCCAGAGCAGCGGAAUGACCUUGAGCAAAACGUUACGAUCGUCAACCUUGCACCUGAAAGUUCUCUUGGGAAUCCAACGGGACUAACAACGUCUGUCCAACCACGGUUACGUCCAAAGCCUUCCUUAAGUACUUGUCCUGUUCCGUUUGUACUUCAAGAUCCUAAGCAUCUUCCUUCAUAUGCAGGAACUAAUGAAGAGGGCGUGUUGUGUGGUGAUUUGAAAAGUGGCGACGCCCCAAGUAAGAAAACGAGCAUCGCGGAAAGUACUGCGAUUCCUUCUGAUUUAGGUUUUACUGACCUCGAGGUGACCAUACCUUCUCCGGAAGUACAGAAUAAGCUGGCUGCAUCAAAACCAGUGUCCAAUCCAAAUCCAUUUGAACAAUUUCAAAACGUGAACUGGACUUGUGCUUCUCUCGAAGAGUCGACGUCGUCGACAGCGUCGCUACCUGCGCCUGGAAAGAGUGCGCCAUUGACUGUACAGUCUCAUCGACGAAAUACUAGCGACACCUCGCACAUAAUACGCAGCGCUUUCAAACCAUAUAGUCAGUGGAAAAGUGUAGGGCCGCUGUCCUGCAAUCAAACUUCACUCUCUAGCCUAGGUCUGGAUAACAUUGCUUCAGAUAGAUCAGAGGAUUCAUGGAACCCUUUUCUCGCGGCUCCUUUCGGAAGCAGACAAACAAUGGAUGACAGUCACUUUGGGAAGUGUUUUGAUGAAUUACCACGGAAGGCAGAAAAUGAGAAAGGAUCAGAACUAAUGAGUUCUUCUUGCGACAUCGAUCAGUGUUCCAUUGAUUCGAUGGACCCAUUUGGUGCUGCACCAUUUGACGACUCGUUUUGUUGCCAAAUCAAUUCUGAAAAAGAACCAGAACUUAAGUGCCGUGAACGAGCUGAUGCUGAUUCUGUCGGGUCAACAUCAGAUUUACAUCUGCGUGCGACGGAAGAGGAUAGCGAACAAGAUGAACAACGAAUGGUCGCAAGGAGACGAUUCAGCUAUGAGAAUAUUGACGGAGUUGGUGAUGAUGCAAGCAGUGACAGUCGCGGCAGGACGGACCACGACAGUACUGAUGAAAUCAGCAAGAACGAGGAGUCUUCUUAUGACGAAUUUAACGUUGACUGUGAGUCAUCACAACACACCGAUGUAGCCGGCGUCGGAAGUGAUGACGAUGGUGUCGGUAGUCGGCCUCUUCUUGAAGAUGAUGCCCUUGAUGAUGACGAGGAGGAGGCAUUCAAUGGAAUUCCACCAUCCGAAGACCAACAACGGCUUCAGGAUGCCGUUAAUUCGCUUUUCGUCGAUGCAAACGUUGAGAAUCCUACAUGCAAACGUAAUACAAAUCCAUUUCUUGUGUGUGCAUCUGACGACACUCCCAAAAUUUCUCCAGUAUUGCCACCAGCUAUUGGGGCAACAAUGUGGACGGAAAAAGAUAGUGGAAUCAUUGAUUGCUAUGAUGUCGCACAGAGAACAUUUUUCUGUCAAAGGUCAGCGCCACAACAGCAGAAUCCUGUUAGCUACAUUUAUGCUCCUGCCACGCUGCCUCGGCAGGCAACACCUUUGACAGCCGCACCUCGCCCUUCUCCGAGACCAGGAGGGAAUAUGGAGGCUCCCUUGGUGCUUGGUGGUACCCUGACAAUGACCUCGGUGAAUCCUAUUAUUUCUGCAAUAUCGGCAGCACCUCAACCGGUCCUUGCUCAGAAACCUGCUCCAGUUCGUGUAAAUAUCAUGCAACAGGUGCAAACCAAUGAACCACGAAUGCCGCCUGUAGUUGAGAAGGAUGCGCCAUCUAUUCCAGCAAAGCAAUCCUUCCCCACUUUUGCAGAUACAACUGAUGAACCGAAAGCUAAUAUCGCUGGUCCAGUAAAGAAUGUUGGGCCUAGCUUCAUAGAAGGUCCUAAAACUCCCAAACCGAAGAAAAGUAAGGAGAAGGACAAGAAACGCGUUGAUAUACCGUUCAGUGGAAGUGAAGUAGAAACGGAUGGAAGUGAAGCUGAAAUGUGUACAAGUACAUCAAGUGAUAAAACAACUUCGAAGAAGAAAAGAAAAUCUUUUGGACUACUUGGAUCAAAUCCUUCUGUAGCUCCAUUGGAUUUGAAAAUGUCGAGUGGUGCAAGUUCUGCUUUAUUGAAGAAGUCAUCAGUCAAAAAAGCGUCUUCAUCCGCGGUUUCAUCGUCUCGGAAGGGCAGCAGUGGAGCAUUAAAUGCGAGUUUUAUCAACAGCUCAUUUCUUGCUGAAGAUCUUGACUCUCCUCCUAAACAGCACACAAUUCGCAUGUGA